CUGAGAGACGCGAAACAGAAGAAGACAGCAGUCAGCCGCAGAGAAUCUAGAGUAAACAAUCUCUCUGACACAGGUCGUUGGGGGUUUAAACCUAUGACAGCUGUGGUUUAAAGAUCUGUGGAUCAUGGCCAAUAAGAAGAAAGUCGUAGUCACAGGUUUUGAGCCUUUUGGAGACCAUGCAGUUAACGCCAGUUGGGUGGCAGUGCAGGAGCUGCAGCGAUUAGGGCUGGGUGAAGAUGUUGACCUUCAUGUAUGUGAGGUUCCUGUUGAAUACAAGGCUGUUGAGAACAUGCUGCCGUCCCUGUGGAAGGAGCUCCAGCCACAAUUAGUGGUUCACGUUGGUGUUUCUGGAAUCGCCACCACAGUCACUUUAGAGCAGUGCGGCCACAACAGAGGUUACAAACGACUGGACAACUGCAGCUUCUGUCCAACCUCUCAGUGCUGCAUGGAGAAUGGACCCGACUGCAUAAAGUCAGUGCUGGACAUGGAUGUAGUCUGUAAACAUGUCAACGACUCCGACCUCGGUGUGGCAUUGUCUGUAUCUGAGGAUGCUGGAAGGUAUCUGUGUGACUACACCUACUACACAUCUCUGUACCUGGGGCAUCGCCGCUGCGCCUUUAUCCACGUGCCUCCUUUAGGAAAGCCUUACAGCAGUCAGGACCUGGGCCGAGCCCUGAAGGCCGUCAUACUGGAGAUGCUGGACGUGCUGACUCAGAACUGUACUGAGGAGAAGGAACAUAAACAUGAAGAACAGUGUCAUCACAAGCAUCAACAACAGCAAAGAUGCUGAUGAUUGUGUAUUAGUCUGUGAAAAUGAUUCCCAACUCAACCAUACUAAUACGACAUGAUGAACAUUAUAUCAUUCCCUGUCAGUCGAAGAACUCUUCAUAUUUAAAUCACAAUAAUGUUUUCCUUAAGAUUAUGUCUCCACUCUUUUAAUUGUAUCAUAAAUAACUCGUUGGCACUUAUUAUUGUUGUUUGUUAAUCUCAGGGAAUAUGUUGCACUUACAACACAAUAUUUGUAGAUUGAUUAACCUAAUGUAUGUGUCUGCUAAAAUGUGUAUUAAAACACUCCUUUUAGAAA